UUCUUCUUGGUCCGGAAGCCUCUUUUGUAAACUACUGUAUUGCUUAAUUUCCUCAUUUCUAAGAACUGGAAGCUAAUUAUGGCAGCUGAUCAAUUUAAUUUUGUACUUCCUUCGUUGGAAUUGUAAAUAAAACCAAUUAAUGGAGAACCCAAGACAGAAUUCCACCUGGAGGUUGAUCCAUGAAAUGAGUAACCGAUUUCACAAGCCUUGCUAAAAAAUCAGCACAGUAAUGAGCUUCAUGCUAGAUAUAUUUAACUAGAAUAUUCCAAUCCAAAGUCAACAACUAUUUGAUCGCUUGAAUCAGCUCCCUCAUACUUCCAACCGCUGCAGAAGAUGGGUUAACCAUAUCAACCACACUCCUGUUUCCGCAUUCAACCCGCACCUGAGCCAACGUGAAAAAAUGAAGCCUUUAAUCCAAACCCCUUUCCCAUCUCUAAUCAACCCACUCCCAUAUGCAGAAUUAUCAAGCACGGGACCAUCUGUGUGUAGCUUGGAGGUGCUCAGGGGAGGAGAGGACCAAGCUAUCCAUCUCAUCUAUUUGUUUAUUCUCCUGCUCUGCAGAUCCAUAACAUCUUCAGCAUUAGCAAUUUCUUUUGAUUGGAAUAAGAUGCGAUCAACUAAACCCUCCAUUGAUCUAUGAGUUUCGCAGAAAAUGGUUUCAUUGCGAGAUUUCCAAAUCUGCCAGCAAACCAACAACACCAAAUUAUUUAGUUCAGCGCUGUUCUUCAAUGGAUGAAGGCAAGUGUUUUUCUUCUUAAAUAGAAAGAAACAGCUGAAAUGGCGACGGAGGAGGUGGAGAUAGUGAAGCCGCGUAAUGACAAGAGAGAGUAUCGGCGGAUCGUCCUUAAAAACUCGCUUGAGGUUCUCCUCGUUAGCGAUCCCGAUACCGAUAAGUUCAGUGCUGUGCUUCAAUGGAUGUCGGCGUUGGUUACUUCAGCGAUCCCGUUGGAAUUGAAGGACUCGCCCAUUUUCUCGAACAUAUGCUGUUUUAUUCUAGUGAAAAAUAUCCAUUGGAGGAUAGUUAUUCGAAGUACAUUACUGAGCAUGGAGGGCAGUGCAAUGCUUAUACAUCUUCUGAAGACACCAACUAUCACUUUGAUGUUAAUACUGAUGAUUUUGAAGAGGCUUUGGACAGGUUUGCACAGUUCUUUAUUGGACCUUUGUUAUCAGCUGACGCAACCACGAGGGAAAUCAAAGCUGUUGAUUCUGAGAAUCAGAAAAACUUAUUGUCUGAUGGCUGGAGAAUGUACCAGGAUCUUGCAAGAUGCAUCUAGAAAAAGGAAAAAUUGGGAUGCUUACCUGUCUAAAGAUCAGCUAAGUGAAAGCAGUUUUAGUUCUCGGCCUCAUAAGCUUCAGAAACAUCUCAGUGAUCAUGACCACCCAUAUCAUAAAUUCAAUGUAGGGAACUUGGAAUCUUUGGAAAAUCAACCAAAAGAAAAGGGGCUAGAUAUACGAGCUGAACUUAUUAAAUUCUAUGAAGAAAAUUAUUCUGCCAACCUUAUGCAUUUGGUGGUAUAUGCAAAAGAAAGCCUUGAUGCUAUUCAAACUGCUGUUGAGGACAAAUUUCAACAAAUCCGAAGCAAUGGUAGAAGUCGUAUCUUUUUUCCUGGUCAACCUUGCAUGUCUGAACACUUACAGAUACUUGUCAAAGCUGUCCCAAUAGAACAAGGUCACGAAUUGAGAAUUGUAUGGCCUGUAACUCCAAGUAUUCUUCACUACAAGGAAGGGCCCUGCAGUUAUCUAAGUUACCUUAUUGGUCAUGAAGGGGAAGGAUCUUUGUUUCAUUUCCUAAAAACACUUGGAUGGGCUACAAGUUUGUUCGCAGGUGAAGAAGGAUGGAAUUGGGAGUUCUCUUUCUUUACAGUAACAAUUGAUCUUACAGAUGAUGGUCACGAACACAUGGGAGACAUUGUAGGGCUGCUAUUUAAAUACAUUCACCUCUUACAACAGUCUGGUGUUUGCAAAUGGAUAUUUGAUGAGAUUGCCAGUAUUUCUGAGACCGAAUUCCAUUAUCAAGACAAAAGUGAUCCAGUGGAUUAUGCAGUUGAUAUUGCAUCAAACAUGAAGUUAUAUCCACCAGAAGAUUGGCUAGUGCAAUCCUCCAUUCCUACUAAAUUCUGCCCAAGUACAAUCCAAUCAGUGUUGGAUGACCUUUCUCCAAAUAAUGUUCGAAUCUUUUGGCAAUCAAAUAAGUUUGAAGGGCAAACUAACAUGGUUGAACCGUGGUACAAAACUGCAUAUAGCAUUGAAAAAAUUAAUGAUUCUAUGAUUCAGGAAUGGAUAUUAUCUGCCCCAAAUGGAAAUCUACAUCUUCCAGUAGUUAAUUUGUUCAUCCCUAGUGACUUAUCACUCAAGUAUGCAAAAGAGAAGGUCAAAUUCCCAUCUUUAGCGAGAAAGUCAAGUUAUGCAUCAUUAUGGUACAAGCCUGAUACAAUGUUCUCUACACCUAAGGCAUAUGUCAUGAUAGACUUCAAUUGCCCCUAUGCCCGGAGUUCUCCAGAAUCUGAAGUUCGCACUAUCAUUUUUACUGAGUUGGUGGAGGAUUACUUAAAUGAAUAUGCUUACUCUGCAUCUGUUGCUGGUCUAUAUUAUUUCAUACAAAUUGCAGAUAGUGGUUUCCAGGUAACUGUUGCUGGUUAUAAUCACAAAUUGAGGACCUUGCUGGAUGCUGUCAUUGGAAAAAUUGCCAAAUUUUAUGUGAAUCCUGAGAGGUUUGCUGUGAUCAAGGAAAAGUUAAUAAAGAAUUAUGAAAAUCUCAAGUUUGAACAACCCAACGAGCAAGCUACACAUUAUUCCUCAUUACUGCUGUUGGAGCAGAAAUGGCCUUGGACGGAAAAACUGGAAGCACUUCGUCAUCUUGAAGCUGAAGAUCUUGCAAAAUUUACUCCCAUGAUGUUGUCAAGGGCCUUCCUAGAGUGCUAUAUAGCAGGAAACAUUGAAUGCAGUGAGGCAGUGUCUAUUAUUCAAUAUGUUGAAGAUGCUCUGUUCAAGGAUGAAAAACCUAUAUGCCAUCCUUUAUUCCCAUCUCAGCAUUUGACUAAUAGGGUUGUCAAGCUUGAAAGGGGCACAAGUUACUUCUACCGUGUCAAAGGCUUAAAUCCAAGCAAUGAGAACUCUGCUCUAGUGCAUUAUAUUCAGGUUCAUCAAGAUGAAUUUACGCUGAAUGUAAAACUUCAGCUUUUCACUCUUAUUGCAAAGCAAGCUGCCUUCCACCAGCUGAGAACAGUUGAGCAACUGGGGUACAUUACUACUCUCAGAGAGAGGAAAGAUUUUGGCAUUCGAGGAAUAGAGUUUAUCAUUCAAUCCACAGUACAGGGUCCUGGACAUAUUGAUUUGAGGAUUGAGGCAUUCCUCAGGAUAUUUGAAAAUAAAAUUUAUGAGAUGACUGAUGAUGAAUUCAAGGAUGAAUUCAAGAGCAAUAUUAAGGCUUUGAUUGAAGUGAAGCUUGAAAAGCACAAGAAUAUAUGGGAAGAAUCUGCAUUUUAUUGCCGAGAGAUUACUGUUGGGACUCUCAAGUUCGAUCGCAGAGAAUGCGAGGUCAUGGCACUAAAGCAGCUCACAAAACAAGAAUUUAUAGAUUUCUUCAACGAGUACAUAAGAAUCGGUGCACCUAACAAGAGGACGUUGAGCAUUGGUGUUUAUGGGAAGCUACAUUCACUCGAAAACACUUCAGAAGAAGGUGAGCCAUCUCAAUCCAACAAGGUUCAAAUAGAUGAUAUUUUUAGUUUCAGAAGAUCACAACCUCUUUACAGUUCAUUCACAAGAUAAUUUAUUUGGUCCAACGAAUUUGUAAGGGUAUACCUUAUUUGUUUAACUGCAAACUAUUCUAUUUUAAGAAUAUAAAUUAUUGCAACAUUGAACUAUUUCACGAAUUCAAGUGAAAUGAACUACGUAGGAAAAUUAUGAAUUCCUUUGAAGGAUUUUCUUUGGGGUGUAAUAAGUUAUAAGUGUAUACUUUAUUACAACAUGGGAGCCAAAUGCAUAAAUUUUGACACUUCAAUUUUAUUAGAA